UCGCAGCUGAACUCAUCAAGAUGGGCCCAGAAAAGUUGGCCACCUGUCUGCAUCGGCUGAUAGUCAGGAUCUGGGAAAUCGAACAACUACCAGAGGAGUGGAAGGAAGGGGUAGUCUGCCCCAUUCACAAGAAAGGCGACCAUUUGGAAUGUGAGAACUUCAAGGCGAUCACUAUUUUGAAUGCUGCCUACAAAGUGCUAUCCCAGAUCAUCUUCCGUCGUCUGUCACCCAAAACAAAUGAGUUCGUGGGAAGUUAUCAAGCCGGCUUCAUCGACGGCCGAUCGACAACGGACCAGAUCUUUACCGUAUGGCAAAUCCUCCAGAAAUGCCGUGAAUACCAGGUCCCAACGCAUCACCUGUUCAUCGACUUCAAAGCGGCAUACGACAGUAGAGACCGCGCAAAGCUAUGGAGAAUCAUGGACAAGGACGGCUUUUCUGGGAAGUCGACUAGACUGAUUAGAGCAACGAUGGACGGUGUGCAUAACUGCGUAAGGGUUUCGGGUGAACUAUCCAGUUUAUUCGAAUCUCGCCGGCCACUGCGACAAGGUGACGGACUCUCAUGCCUACUCUUCAACAUCGCUCUGAAGGUGUGGUGCGACGAACCCGGCUCAACAGCCGGGGAACGAUUUUCACAAAAUCCAGUCAAUUUGUGUGCUUUGCGGACGACAUGUACAUUAUUGCCAGAACAUUUGGAACAGUGGCAGAGCUGUACACCCGCCUGAAACGCAACGCAGCAAAUGUCGCACCAGUUCGACAUGUGUAAAUGCGUCAAAUACAACAUACAUGCUGGUACUUGUGCUGGUAUACGGAACCGAAAACGUUCGGAUUCGUCUAGAACCUAGACUCUAGGUAGUAAUGUACAAUAGACGGGGACACCUUCGAGGUGGUGGAAGAAAGUGCUCCAGAAGAAUAUGCGAUCAAAAAAGAUUCACCCCCAUAUUGAUGCAUUUGGUACAAUGUACAAAAUGCUAAUAAGACCCGUGGUCCUCUACUGGCACGAGACAUAUCCCAUGCUUGAGGAGGAUCUGCAAGCACUCGGAGUUUUCAAACAAUGCGUUCUAAGAACGAUCUUCUGCGGCGUGUUGCGGAAAAGGACGAUCCACGAGCGAGCGUGCUGCACUUUACGGCGAACCCAGCAUCCAGAAGGUGGCCAAAGCCGGAGAAGGAUACGGUGAGCAGGGCAGGACGCAAGAAUGCCGGACAACAACCCUGCAAAGUUGGGACAAGAAAGCGUUGAGCGCGGAGAGCACGACGGGCGGACCCGAUGGAGCGUACUCUAGUGUGCAUCAGGCGUUAGCGAGUAUGGAGACCGGCUGCCACGAACCGAUCAUUGUGGCGUAUUAUUAUCGAUUAUGUCGUAUCCUAAAUGUGGUGUUCAGCUAAGCCAAGCAAACUCAAAAUUGGAUGAAAGAGGACAUAGAUAUCAACAAAUCACUUUUCCUUGUUUUACGCAAGUGUUUAGGGUCACUUGGCCGAUUCAUCAUAUUGAGGGGUGACACCAGGCUUGAAUAGAUAAUAAGUAAAUAUGUAUUAAUAUGAAUGUUUUCAAGUUAAUGACUAAUUGUUUGGAAUAGGAUUGAAUAGGUCUGGAUUCAAUAUAACUCUACUCGCGACGCGAUAGAGGCAUUAUUAGCUCAAAACCAGAAAUAUCUAUUCUGACGUUGGAUUUCGCAUCCUAUGCACACGCGACAAACGCUGAUGACAACAUUCUCAUUAAUUUAGAAACAAAAAAAAAAGUUGCUAGAACAAGGAUGUACAUCAUGGCAUAUGCGCAUCUGUUGAAUAAAUUAUGCUUAGAUCAUGCAACAAGUUCAAGUUCAUCCAUUCCAGCAUAUUCAUCAAACACUGCUUGGGAAGUUGACACCGAACACGGUUAUGCCAGGGAUAAUUUCCACAUUGAAGCGCUUGAAUAGAGAAUGGCGGAAGGAAAAUUCAAUAUUCGCUUACCGAUACCUCGCCGACCGAAGUCUGACAAUAUUCGAAAGAAUAUUUUGGCUCGGCUUACUAAUUACAACUUGCAUAGUGUGCUGUUUGUCAGUCUAUUGCAUGUAUAUCAAGUGGUGUGAGAAUCCUGUGGUAAUUGCUUAUGCGCCACGACUUCUACCAGUGUCUACAAUUCCUUUUCCGGCGAUUACAAUAUGUCCGUUGAUAAAAUCCCGUGUCGAAGCGUUCAACCUCUCGAAAGUUCACGAUAUUGUGAGCAAGGGUGCACCACUAGAUAACUUCAGAGAAAGACAGUUGAGAGCCCUUGCACACGUGUGUCCUUGCUCCAGUCAUUGGAGGAACUACAGCACCGUGACGGAUGAAUCUAUAGUGAAAACGUUGCAAAACAUGUCACUUCAUUUUGAUGAGACACUAGCGAUGUGCUUCUGGCGCACAAAACCAACACCAUGUCGAAAACUAUUCACGGAAACUCUGGUGGACGACGGCAUAUGCUAUACAUUCAACGAACUUCUUCCGAACGAGACAUACCGAAGGAAUGCAAUUUCUCGUGAUUUUACAAGUUUUGUUACAGCUGCAAGGCCGUCAAGUUGGACAUUGGAAUCGGGAUAUGAUGUGCAUGCUGGGUUGAAAUCUUUUCCACAUCGUGCCUUGGCUCAUGGAUUUUUAUCCGGAUUGGUCGUAAUGCCCAUGGUCAGAAAAGUUGAUCAGGAGUUCUUAUGCAUGGGUCCUUACACCGGAUACAAGUUUGCAGUACAUGCUCCGGGUGAAGUUCCGUUGACUGGGGAUAAGUUCUACCGUCUCAGCACCCUCAAAUCUUUAACGCUAACAGUAACGCCUCGCAUAGCCAAAACUUCCAAGGAACUUAGAUCAGUUGCUCCGACAAGACGCAGAUGCUACUUCAACGAUGAACGUCCCCUACGUUUCUUCAGAACGUACAGCGCAAACAACUGCUUCCUGGAGUGCAUUGCCAACUUCACACUGGCCAAGUGUAACUGUGUGAAGUUCUCCAUGCCCCGGACAGCCGACACCAAAGUUUGCGAUGCUAGUAAAAUCGAAUGUUACUUCAACAUCUAUCAGGACAUGUAUCAACAUAAGAUUUCGAACGCCUUGGCCGGUCGCUUCGAAAACAGAUGCAACUGUUUGCCUCCGUGCAAUUCGCUGGAGUUCGACGUCGAGAUGUCCCAGUUUCCGUUCAACUUUCACCAGAUGGCGACUGCCAUGAGAUUGCCGCAGUACGAUUCUGUUGAUCCGGCGGUGAUGUUCGUUGGACUAAAAAUGCGUCACUAUCUGCCAAUGUGGAGGCGUGAAAUGAUGGGAAUCACCGAUGCGAUCGCGAAGUUUGGCGGGAUUUUCGCUUUACUGAUGGGUGCCAGUAUGCUGACUUUGGCCGAGUUUAUGUAUUACUACUGCGUUCGUCCACUGAGAAGAGAAAAAAUGCGAGGUGGGAGGGUUCGUAAUGAUAGAACAAUGGACGCGUUUCACGCAGAAUAACUGGAAAAAGUUGAAUUUCAAACAUGACCAUUCACGAUUUAGAUUGUUGGUAUUUUUGUGUUUUUGUGAUGGGAAACAAACAAAAUAUUCGUUAAUAAAAUUGUCAUCGAACCUCAAGUGAUUUUUUCAAUCGAAGUCUUUCGGAUGUCUCUGGCAAACAUUGCUGAAUACCCGCCACUGCAGCAUCGGGUCUAUAUAGAGAACAUCAAAUGGGAGAAGAUAUUAAAUGUGAUUUACAAUACGCUGGCAGUUCACACCAGUUACAUCUACAGUACAUUGCUCCUCUACAAACAACUCAUAGAAAACAGAAACUCAACUUCGUAAGAAACAUACUCGCAAUUCACAACUUUUGCUUUAUAGAGUACACCUGGUAUGAUGGUUAAAGUGCAUGCUUUUCACCUCAUGGAUCUGGGUACGAAUUCCACACUCGACAAGCUCUCAAAAUGUUCUUCGUAAGGGAAGUUAGUCCAUGGCUCCCGUGAUUAAGCCCAGGAUAAAAGCUCAAAUAAAAUUAUGGAUUAGAAUUUGUGAACUCAUGAUUUUUUAAUCAUAACAGACAUGAAUUAUUGUCCACUAAAGUUCUCUCGAGCUGGGAAUACUCCAAAGCAGUAAAAUACAGACUAAAAACAGACAUCAUCAAGGCAGAGCUGUCAUCAAGGUUACACCAAGUUACUCACUGAGUAACCAGCUCUUGAGAUAAAUAAAUAAUAAUAAAUCAAAAAUUUCCAUGGUGUUUUGGUUUCUAUUCCGCAGAAUCGUAACGUGUUCUUUGUCUUAGUUGGUUAAAUCGCCGGUCUAGAGAAUACGGAGUCAUGGGUUCGGAUCUCAUCAGAACGCAUUUUUUUUUCACAAUUCAUCACUUAACUUGCCAAAUAAUCAACAUUCUGUGUCUUCAAAUUUUCAAAUUUUUCCUGGUACCUUCAGUGAUUCCUGUUUUUUGAGAGAUUCCUCUAUGGGUUCCUGUAAAAAUUCUCUAAUUAUUAUUAUUAUUGGCUCUUUAUUAUGGGGAUUUUCAGCCCGAGGCUGGUUCAUCCCCGAAAUUCUCAAAUUAACCUUCCAUCCUCUAGAGUUUCUUCUAGAGAAUCCUCCGGAAAUUUAUCCAAGAAGUUCUCUAGAUAAGCUUCCAUGGAUUUCCUCAGAAAUUCCUUCAUAGAUUCUUUCAUAAAUCCGUUCGAGAAUCACCGUAGUUAUCAACCACGGAUACCUUUAGAAAUGCUUUCAUCGAUUCCUCCAGAAUAUCAAAAGUUUAAUAUUCCACCAGAAAUUUCUCCAAGGAUUUCUUUAGGAAAUCUUCCACAGACACCUCCAGACAUUUUUACAAAAUCUUCUUCGGAUAUUUUUCUAGGGAUUCCUUUAGAAAUUUCUCUGUACACUCUUUCAGAAAUCCUUCAUGGCACUCCUCCAUACAUUUGUCUUAGAAUUCUUUUGAGGAGUUUUCAAGGUUUUUUUUCCGAUAUUGAGCUAUGGGUUCCUUCAGAAAUUAGUUCAGGUAUGCGUUCUUAAAAUCUACCAAGGUAUCUUUCAGCGGAAUCUUCAAAAAUUAUUCUGAAAUUCCACCAGGGAUUACUUUGGAAAUUCUUCUGGGGAUUCGUUGAGCGAAUCCUUCGAAAAUUUUACCAUUCUUCACAUUUUCAACAAGAAUUCGUUUAAAAAUUCUUUCAUAGAUGCAUCAGAAAAUCAUCCAGAGAUUUCUGUGGAAAUUCGUACAAGUAUUUCUUUAAGAAAUCCACCAGAAAUUUGUUCAAGAAUUGGUCUAAGAAUUCCAUUGAAAAUUCUCGCAGAAAUGUUUCCAAUAAUUCUCCAGAAAUCUAGAAAGUCCUGGAGGAAUCCAACGAUUCUUGCAUUAUUAAUUUCAGUGGUUCAAGAAAGAAUUCUUCCACAGAUUCGUGCAGGAGUUCAUGCAGAGAUUCCUCCACGUAUUUACCCAGCAAAAACUCCGACAUUCGUUCUCCAACACUCUAAGAAUUUCUCCACGAAUUCUUUAAGGAAUUUAUUUCAAAAACAUUGCAAGGAUUUUUUACAAGAAAUUUCUUUAGGAAUAUCACAAGAUUUGUUUCUAUGGUUCUUUACGGAAGCUUACCUGGACGUUUUUUUUUUCAGGCUUUCCUACAGGAAUUCCUUCAGAAAUUCGUCCAUAGAUAGCAGAUAGUUCCAGAAACACUUCCAGGAAGUUCUCCAAGAAUUUCAUUCAAGAAUUUCUCCAAGAUUUUUCCAAAAAAAUGUCCAACAAACUUUUUUUAUGAAUUUUAUAAAGGCUUUCGUAAGGAGUUUCUCCAAGAUGUUCUUCAUAAGUUUUUCCUGUUACUCGUUCGAGGAUUUCGAGAUUUAUUUAAAAGUAUUUUCUGAGAUUUGUACAGGGAUUCCACUGAAGAUUUAUUUAGAUAUUCCCUCAGGGAUACCUUUAAAAAUCUUUGGAUACUUUUCAGGAAUUUCAGGAAUUUCUUCAUGAGUUUAACAAGAAAUUUCUUCAGCAGUUCUUUCGCGAAGUAUUACCCAAAUUCAUCAAAAAAUUCUUUAAAAACCCAACAGAGAUUCCUUACACAAUUUUUCUAAGGGUUCCUCUAGGAGUUCCUUGAGAAUUUGAUUUUGAGAUUCCUGCAGAAAAUACUACACAGAUUUGUUUUGAAAUUACUCCUGCAGCUACGUCAGAUACAUAUAUAUCCUGGGAUACCUUCAAAUAGUCUUACAGGAAUUGGUCCAGAUAUUCCCAGAAGGAUGUUUUCAGUAGUUUUUGCUGAAAAAAGACAGGAUUGUCUUAAGGAAUCUCUUCUAGAUUCCUAGAAGAAAUUUUGAAGAUACUGGUGGAGUUCUUGACAAAAUGCCUCAAUAAGGAGGGAUUAGUACAUCCCUAAACUAUUACAAGGAGAAGUUUCUGAAGAAAAACUAGCAGAAACAAAAAAAGGAAGAAAUUUAUUAAAGAACCGCUGAUGCAAUUUCUGAAAUACAAUGAUUUCUUGAAGGAAUCUUUGAAUAUCUCCAAGAACUGGAGAAUCCUCUGCAGAUUUUUAUAGGAAAAUGUCUUGAAAAAUGGGACGGAAUAGAAACUAGGAUAAUUUCUACAGAAAUUGCUGGGAGAAUCUCUGCACAAAUUCAGAAGCAUCACCGGAAAAGCUGCCGAGGGAAUCCCUGGAGGUUUCAAUAAGCAAACAUAAGCAAACCUUGGAGGAACUUCCAGAAGAAUUUACAAUCUCUUCUUGAAUACAGAAGAGAUGUUUCUAGAGGAAAAACUUACUAAAUGCCCCAAAGAAUCCCUGAAUAUGUGGAGUAAUACCUGGAGGAGCCUUGGAGAAAUUCCAACAAUAAUUUCUGAAAGGAUUCCAGAAAAUUGUCCUAAUUUCUAAAGUGUAACCCUAGAACAAUUUCCGGAAAAAUCCGGCUUUCCGGAAGGAAAGCCAGAAUCUCUGCGGAAAAAAAUGCUCCUGGAAUUGCAUCUUUUGAAGAAAACUUAAAAGGCUUUCCCAAAGAAAUUCCCAAAAUAAUUUCUUUGCAAGUCAUGAGAAUUCCCAAAGAAAAACUCCUUGAGGAAUUCCUUCAGAAAUGUUGGAAGAAAUACGUGGGGGAAUAUAUGCACAAAAUUCCGUAGCAUUACUUGAUGGAAUUCCCUAAAACUUUCUUGAAGGAAGCCUAGGAGGUAUUCCUGAAGGCAUUUCUGAAAAGAAUAACCGUGGACUUAUUUCAAGAUUAAUCUUCAGAGAAAUUUCUUGAGAAAUUCCUGAAGAAGACCAAACGAAAAUUAUUGGAGGAAUUGCUGGAACAUCCUAUGAAAAAAUCCCUGGAGAAAUUUGCGAAGAAAUUGGCAGGAAUGCAUCUUAAAAAAUACCUGGAUGAAACUUGUUCAAAUCCAUUCUGGGAAAUUCUACAAGUCUUCUUUCUAUAAAAAAAAAACUCGGAAUAAAAUUGAUAAAUCCCGAAAGAACCCAUGAAAUAUUUUCUGGUGGUGUCCCUGCAGAUAAUCUUGGAGAAAAUUCUGAAGACGUGGAAAGGCAUACAUUCUAAUAAAAUUCUCGGAGGAAUUCGUAAUUCUUGUCAAACUCACAAACAAAAUUACUGCAAAAUGUCCCUUUCAUAAUAAUUACAGAAAAAUUAUGUGAAUGAAAAUUAUUCUCUAUGAAGCGCUUUUCGAUUUUAUAUGGAGCAUUUGCAAUUUACAGGGGAAUUAGGAAAUAAGGAAAUUAGGAAAUGAGUAACCAGCUCUGAUUUUACCAUGACAGCACUGCGUCAAAGUGAUAAGCACUGGGCUAUUGCAAAGCAACAUAAAACAGAUUAGAAACCUCUGCCACCGAAUCAAAGAAAGAAUGGAUGGCAUUAUCCCCAUAACUUUCGAUGACAACAGGAGGCGGCAGUCGGUGAGAGCUGAUUACUGAACUGCUGCUACGAUUAGUUCAGCUAUCGCGUGGGAGAUUAAAUUUGAUCUCCAAAACUGGCUGCAAAGCUGCCAUUGUCGAUUCAAGGCACGUACCAAUAUGGCCGUUUCUAAUCGCCUGUAGGUAUAAUUGGCAAGCCAUAGCCAUAGUUCUUUCUCCCCCUUUCGAACGCAACCAAUAAAGUCGCGAAUUUUGAUUAGUUCGGUCGGGUCGGGGCUUAGGUAGUGGUAUGGAUUGAAUUAUUUUUUCCCAAAUUUUUUUUGGCACGCUGGACGUGACUAUAAUUUACUACAAGUUCAUAAUCCGGGAUCGCGCGUGCGAUUUGAGCUCGCGAAUUAAGCAAUCAUCAUUUGUGUUGCAACACGCCGAACGACUCAAUUAGUAGUGGAUACAUUUUUUUUGCGAAUCGAAACUUAAGUGAUUGGAUAUCACUAGAUUGGAUAGGAUUGGAUUAACGCCAGCGGGAUAAUGGUAAUCCGAUCGGCGUCGAACGAGGAUAUUAUCCGAUAUCGUCAAUGGAAAGGAAUUUACGAGCAUGCAAAUGUCAUAAAGAAUAGUAAAAUCUUCGUAAAAUGCGAAUGAUGUUUUUUUGCACUAUCAGGACACAACCCGUGCAACGUUUUACGGAGUUUUUGCAUAUUUUUGCAUUUAUUGACCCAUCUUGUGCAACGAUGCCAUUUCAGCACAAUAUGAUGAUUUUAUGGCAAUAUAAACAAGACUUUUGUUUCACACAGUCGGAGAUAUCUUAUCGUCGAAGAUUCUGUUGAAUGAAAUGGUAGGAAUACUGCAGCAAAGAGUAAGAUGUACUUUUGAAAAACAAAUAACGUAUCACGUUUUUAGUUUUAUUGAAAGCAUUAACUUUUGUUGGCUAAUGAGUUUAUGCACUUCUGCGCGCAGUAACAGAGAGGUGGUAAUUAUAUAGUCGAUAAAGAAGUGAUAGUUGAUCUUGUUUCUCAGACGAAUUAACGGCCGGUUUUUUACGACCAGAACAAUUUCAAGUUUUAUGUAAUUGGUUAUAAAUGUCUACUCUUUCAUAUAUAAGUGACAAUAUUUCAGGGGGAGGGGUGGAUUUGGCGCUAUAGGCAUGCAGAUCAAUUUUUAGAUUUGUAUUGACUGUAUUUGUUGAAAGCCGCUUUACUAACUUAAUAAGGAUGUUCUUAUGGUUUUGUGGUAACGCUUCUAAAAUACUUCAGGAAUCAAACACAACCUGGAACGCCAACCUGCGUCCACUGCUAUCCAAACAUUACUACUUACUUUCUAUCUCGAGCACCCACGGUCGUGCAGAGGGCCAAAUUGAAAGAUCUCCAUCCUGGGCGAUUGUCCGCCAACGCCUUGACCUGUGACCAGGUCAAAUUACUGUCUACUUGCUUUUUUCGUUGUUGUGGCUGCGCCGCCAUGAGCCUCUGGGUUUGCCUCUGCUGCGAAGUCCUGCUGGAUUCCAAUCUAACGCUUGCUUGCAGAUUUCGUUUGCCCCUGCGUAGAAUGUCGCUCCCGAAUUUCGGUCACUAUCGGCUUUGGAUGGCAUCGAUGAUGAAGCUCCACGUUGGAGAUCCAAUUGUGAGGCCACUAUGCACGAAUUAUAUACCGCAGGCAUCUAUUGAUAAAGACCUGCAGCCGUUGAGUGCCCGAGCAGAGGAGAAUAUCAAAAUAAUAACAACUGAAUCACAAAACCUGUUUUUAUAUCUUGGUUUGUUAUUAUUAACUUAUUGAGACAUAACGCUUCCAUAACAGGUUUUGUUGGGCAAUCUUAUUUUGUAAUGAUCCUGCUAUUGGUAUAUUUUUUUAAAUAACAAUUUGAUAAAAUGUUUUGUUGUAGAAUAUGUUCUGUAAUUAUUGUAUUAUUGAGAGUGCACCAUUAUUCGAUCAUCAAUAGCACAACAAUAAAGUUUUGCAAUCACAACUACACCAUGCGAAAUUUACAGCAAAAGAAAUGAAAAAGUUAACAUUUGCUGAUUUCCUUAGAAAAAGCCAUGUUUAGAGUCUAUGAGCCAUAUCUUCGGUGUCUAUGAAUCGGUUAAGCUGAGCUUUUGACACGGAACUAAGAAUUACUUGUAAUUUUUAUUUCUAUUUAGUUCGAUCCAUAUCAGUGGAAAAAUUUAGAAUUUCUGUUGGUUCUUAUUUGGAAAUUUAAAAGUGAACAACCAUGUUCCACCAUAACUCAUAAACAACAUUAAUUUUGAAAUUAUCUCAAGGCCGUUUGGGCCAGGCAGACUGGAAGCGUGCCAUUCUCUUUGAAUGACUGGCCUAUAAGUUAUAGUGGGUUAUGGCCUUUAGUCAUGGCUGUUUAUUACUUUUUAUUUUCAAAAUGGAGCCAACAGAAAUUCAUUUAUUUCCUCUGAAAUGGCUCGAACUUAGGGGUUACAUACCUACCGUGAUUCUGAUAUUAUAACUCAUUUUGCAUCCAUCAUAUCGUUAUCAAUAACUUUUUAAUUCCAAAAUUUGUUAUUGAAACAUUGUAUAAAUUCACUGUUAUUAGGUUGUUAUGAAACUAACAAAAGCUGUUAUUUAACUGGUCUUCCAGGAACAUUUUUUUGUUAUGAUUUUUGUUAUUUUGCCGCUUAUGACAGACAAGUUAAUUACAUGGUAUGUUAUGUUAAUAACAUGAAAAUAACUCUUCGCGUUACUCAGUUAUUUUGCCAAAAUAACACAUUUUAUUAUGCUGUUGGUAUUCCCGUCUGC